GAAAGAGAAAUAUAAAAUAUAAAAAGAAAGUGAGAGAGAGAGAGUGUGAGAGAGAGAGAGUGAGAGAGAGAGAGAGAGAGCACGGAUAUGGUAGGGGUACCCAACGCUGCACCUCAUUUACUUCUGAUUCCUUUACUUCCCACUCGUACUUCAUAUGAUAUCAUCAAAUUCACUUCACCCUUUCUUUCCUUUUAGUACUUCAUAUCUUUCUCACUCUACUGCACUUCACUUGCUUCUUGUCUCCUCUCUUUGUUAUUACUAUUAUUGAACAAUGACUUAAAGAAGUGAACUAGUACGAGAAUGAGUUAAACAAGUGAAGUGGUGAUUUUGGUUUUAUUAGUUAGAAUAAAAAAAAUGGAGCAAUAUGAAGUUCUAGAACAGAUUGGCAAGGGUUCUUUUGCUUCUGCUCUACUUGUAAGACACAAACAUGAAAACAAAAGGUAUGUGCUGAAGAAGAUCCGCCUUGCCCGCCAAACCGACAGAAUCCGUAGAUCUGCUCACCAGGAGAUGGAACUUAUAUCUAAAGUUCGUAAUCCAUUCAUUGUGGAGUAUAAAGAUUCCUGGGUAGAAAAGGGUUGUUUUGUAUGUAUCGUCAUUGGCUAUUGCGAAGGAGGAGAUAUGGCUGAAGCAAUUAAAAAGGCUAAUUGUAUUCAUUUUCCAGAAGAGCGGCUUUGCAAAUGGCUAGUUCAACUCUUGAUGGCACUUGACUACUUGCACGGAAAUCAUAUUCUUCAUCGUGAUGUCAAGUGUUCAAAUAUAUUCUUGACAAAAGAUCAAGAUAUACGUCUAGGUGACUUUGGUCUUGCUAAAAUGCUGACAAGUGAUGAUCUUACUUCUUCGAUUGUGGGGACUCCGAGUCAUAUGUGCCCAGAGCUUCUUGCUGAUAUACCCUACGGCUCUAAGUCAGAUAUCUGGUCAUUGGGAUGCUGUCUAUAUGAAAUGGCGGCUCACAAACCAGCUUUUAAAGCUCUUGAUAUGCAAGCACUAAUUAACAAAAUAAACAAGUCUCUAGUGGCUCCGUUACCAACAAUGUAUUCUGGCACUUUUCGAGGCAUGGUGAAGAGUAUGCUUCGGAAAAAUCCAGAGCUUAGGCCAAGUGCUGCGGAGCUACUAAAUCAUCCCCAUCUUCAACCUUAUAUACUUAAAGUUCAUUUGAAGCUAAAUAAUCCUAGAAGAAAUACUUUUCCAUUCCGAUGGACAGACUCAAACCAUGCUAGGAGAAGUCGAUUUGUAGAACCAGAAUCUGUUUCCACUCUCUCUGGCAGAGUUAAACGAUUGUCAUUCAGUAAUGAUAGGGCAUUGAAUCCUAGUAUUUCUGGAACUGAAGUAGGUUCUCUUUGUUCUACUCAAAGAGCACAAGGAUUCUCUACUUGUUCAAAACAUUAUGAACUAUCCAUUGGAUGUGUUCGUGACGAACACAAUACUAACAAAUCAAAAGACACCAAGCUAUCAAUUGUUGAUCGGAUGCAAAGACUGAGAGCAGCUAAUGAGUCUUCCAUCCCUCGGAGACAGACAACACCAUCAAAGAUAGCACAUACUAGUUCCAAGCGCGAUUCAUUUCCAGCAUCUUCUACUCCAGCUGGUAAAUUUACACCACCGUCUCGCAGAGCUUCCCUUCCCCUUCCUACAAGAUCCAAGGCCAUGACUACCCCUUACAGAGCCAACGUUGGUCUUCUUCGAAGUGUAGACUCUCCUAACAUUUCUGUUAAUGCGCCACGAAUUGACAAGAUGGCCGAGUUUUCUUUGGCCCCAGGUGAGGAUCAUCCUCUCUUCCCUGUGCGUGGAACAUCAUCAACAUCAGCUCAGUGCUCUUCUAGUUCCCCAAGGAGUGCUGCUGCUGCAGCUGCUGACUACUCAAUAACAAAGGACAAGUGUACAAUCCAGGUUAUGGACAAAUCCAGUGUCCCUUCCAAUGGUGCUCUAGUUUCAUAUGGCAAUGAAUCCUCCCAACACGUGGCAACUGCUGUUUCAAGUCAUUCCUCCGCUAAUUCUCAUCAGCGUAAGUUUGACACAUCAUCUUACCAGCAACGAGCGGAGGCAUUGGAAGGGUUGCUCGAGUUCAGUGCUCGGCUCCUACAACAACAGAGGUUUGAAGAGCUUGAGGUUUUGUUGAAGCCAUUUGGGCCCGAGAAGGUUUCUCCAAGGGAAACAGCAAUUUGGUUGACUAGGAGCUUUAAAGAAACUGUGGUUUAAGGUUUUCUUGUGCACUUUUAUAUCAUUAACGUGACAAUAGUGUAAACUAAUGUAGUACUUACUAUAUAUGACUUUGUAGUUUGAGGAAUAGCUUAGCUUCUAAUCUCAUUGUUGUUGGCACCAUUAGCAUUUUCUGAGUUGUCCACACUUCAUGGCAUAUGCACAAACAGUUUGUAAAAGGUUGGAUGACAUUGGUAAUAUAUUUAUAUUAAUGAUCAAAAUCUGUUUGUGAAAAA